AUGACGAGAGAAGAGAGACAAGAAGAAGAAGAAGAGACAAAAAAGAGAGAGAGAGAGAUGAAGUUAUCCGACCAAGCUUUAGUCAAUCUAUCAAAUCAUAAAUACUCUGGUAUAGAUGACAGUCUAUUAGCAUAUUAUGUUCUCAGACACUAUUGGAACUAUUGUGUAGAGUUGGUUCCAUUAUGGGUUGCUCCUAAUCUAAUUACAUUGACAGGAACAAUAGGUAUUAUUAUAAGCUUUUUAAUAGUUGGUUGGUAUACACCAAACUAUGAAGGUAUCCUUCCAACAUGGGUGUAUUUGUUGGCUGCAGCUGCCCUCUUUUUCUAUCAAACAAUGGAUAAUGUAGAUGGUAAACAAGCUAGAAGAACUGGAAGUAGUUCUCCACUAGGUCAAUUAUUCGAUCAUGGUUGUGAUUCUGUUGUUUGUACUUUUCAAGCAAUUACAGCAGCAAGUAUUGGUAGUUAUGGUAGUGGAUAUUUAGCAUUAUAUCAAAUAUUUGUUACAACAUUGAUGCCAUUUUGGUUGGCAACAUGGGAGGAAUAUCAUACUGGUGUAUUGCAUUUAGGAAAGAUUAAUGGACCCGAUGAAGGUAUCAUCAUUGUAGUACUUGCAUUUUUAGGUACCGCUGUACUUGGUGGUGAAGCUUGGAUUACUCCACUCGGACAAUUCCUUCCAGAAUCCAUCAGUUCUAUCACCAAUCUCCUCCCAUCAUGUUUACUCAAUUGUAAAAUGAAUGUUAUCAUUGCAUUUUCUAUUUCAAUUCCAACUCUUAUUACAUGUGUUAUCAAUAUAAUGAAUGUUGUUAAUCAUUUAAAAGAAAAAAAGAAACCAAUUGCACCAGCACUUAAACAUAUACUUGUUUGGGUUAUGAUUACAUCAUGUGCAUUCCUUUGGUAUUACACAUCUACAUCAUUUUAUGGAGAUGAUUCUAUUUGGAUCAAGUAUCCACGUACUGUUCACGUGACAAUUGGCCUCAUUUUUGGAGAGUUGGUUAGUCGUUUGAUUCUGUGUCACAUGUGUCACGAAAAGUUUUCCAUCUUUCAAAAGUCUUUGGUUCCAAUGAUUGUCAUGACCUGUAUAUCCAUUCUCCGCUAUUUUUCCCAUCAAUUUGUAUCAACCUCUUCACCAUCCAACGUCAUCUCCUCUUCUUUAUCAGCCAUCACCCAUGGCAUUGAGGAACAAUACAUACUAAUUCUUUUUACCUUGAUUGGUAUCAUUCGAUACAGUCUCUUUGUCAAAGACACCAUCCAACAAUUAUGUAGUCAUUUAAAGAUUAAAUGCUUUAAAAUCCCAUACGCCUCUAAUAAUAAUAAUAAUACUACUAAAAAACAACAAUAA